AUGCCUGAAGAUUCGGAUUCCUAUCUCCACAGAGUUAGUUGAAAAAUGGCGCGAAUAGAUUUAAGGAGAUAUGCAGGUUGCUCGUGCUGGUCGUUUCGGUACGAAGGGUCUGGCCGUCACAUUCGUUUCUGAUGAGACCGAUGCACAGACUUUGAACCAGGUUCAAGACAGAUUCGACAUCAGCAUCACCGAACUACCCGACAAGAUUGACGUCUCUACUUACAGUGAGUUUCUUUUAUCAUUAGCUGUUAAUAAUUUUCAUUGAAUUUUUUUCAGUCGAAGGAAGAACCAACUGA